AUGACUGCCUCCGAGGUAGACUUUGAGAAGAAAGUGCCGUCGGUUCAUCCGGCGUCUGCUUCUGAUGCCACGCCUCCGGCUUAUGGUGAGGAAGCGCCUGCCUCCGAUAUUGAGGCGGGCACAAAUGUCCUCAAGCGAAAUCUCAAGGGCCGUCACAUGCAGAUGAUUGCCAUUGGUGGUGCCAUUGGUGCAGGUCUAUUCGUCAGUACGGGAUCAGCUCUACGAGAGGGAGGUCCCGGCUCUUUGCUUCUUGGUUAUCUGAUUGUUGGUUUCAUGUUAUUGUUAACCAUACAAGCGCUGGGAGAACUAGCCGUCCUUUACCCUGAAAAUGGUGCCUUCUUCACUUACUGCGUCCGGUUCAUCAGUCCUUCCUGGGGUUUUGCCGUCGGCUGGGACUAUGCACUGAAUUGGCUUGUCAUUUUACCUUUCGAACUCACCGCUGCUAGUAUGACCAUCCAGUACUGGCGAGAUGACUUGAACAUUGGUAUUUGGAUCGCAGUGUUCUUAGUCGUCCUAUCUGCGAUCCAGGUCUUUGGUGUCCGUGGCUACGGUGAAGUCGAAUUUGUCCUCGGUGUUAUUAAGGUCACUGCCGUCAUCGGUUUUAUCAUCCUCGGUAUCGUCAUCGACUGCGGUGGUGCCCCCAAGGGUGGAUACAUUGGAGCGAAGUACUGGCACGACCCUGGCGCUUUCACAAGCUUCUACGGUUUCUGCUCUGUCUUCACCACCGCCGCGUUUGCCUUCAGUGGUACUGAGAUGACUGGUCUUGCUGCUGCCGAGGCCGAAAACCCUGCCAAGUCCGUCCCCAAGGCCUGCAAGCAAGUCUUCUGGCGUAUCAUGAUCUUCUACGUCGUCGGAACCUUCAUCGUCGGUCUCAUCGUGCCCUACAACGCCUCAUACCUCAUUGGUGCCUCAGGCGCUAACACCAAGGCCUCUCCCUUCGUCGUCUCUAUCCAGAAUGCUGGUAUCUCCGGUCUUCCAUCAGUCAUGAACGCCGUCAUCACCAUCUCGGUUAUCAGUGUCGCCAACUCCGCAACAUACGGAUCGAGUCGUACUAUCCAGGCUCUGGCUGGCCGCGGCAUGGCUCCCAAGUGGAUGGCUUACAUUGACAGCAAGGGCCGACCUAUCUGGUGUAUCCUUCUCCAGAUCGCAUUCGGCUUCCUUGCUUUCAUCAACGAGGCUACCUCCACCGGUGACGUUAUCUUCGACUGGCUUCUUGCCUUGUCCGGUAUUUCCAACUUCUUUGUCUGGGGCAGUAUCUGCUUGGCACACAUCCAGUUCCGCAAGGCUUGGAAACACAAUGGCCGUGAGGUCAGCGACCUUGCCUACGUCGCUCCCUUCGGUAGCAUUGGUAGCUGGGUUGGCCUGGCUCUUAACGUUCUCUGCUUGAUCGCUGAGUUCUAUGUGUCGGUGUACCCCAUGAACGCCGAGGACUUCUUCAUGAACUACCUCGCCGCUCCGGUCGCCAUCGGGCUGUUCAUUAUCUGGCAGGUUUACACCUAUUUCAACAAGGAUCCCAAGCUUGACCGUGGAGGUUGGUUCAUUAAGAUUGAGGAUAUGGAUGUCUUCAGCGGCAUGCGUGAUGGCAUUCUUGAUGUUGAUCUGCCACCGAAGAUCGAGUACCCUACUUGGGGUGCUUGGUUCAAGGCAGCUCCCAUGAGAGUUUUCCGCUCUUUGAUCUAG